AAACGGUCUCAUUCCUCUCUAGGCUGUUGUUGGGUGCGUAAGAGAAUAUAGGAGCUAAUGUAAUAUCUUAUUAUCACCCAAAAUAACAACAUUAAGGUUUUAGCGAUGCGAUCAUUCUGUUGUCAAAUAUUUAUCGUCGCUACGUUGUGAGAACCGAAUCAGCCUAAGCAGAGGAGCAAAAUACUCCUGAAACAGCUGAUUUUGUUGUAACUGUCUACCAGGAGUUUUUUUUUUUUGGCGCUUUAAACGUUUUAGCUACUAUUUUGAAGUGGAUAAUGUUUAGAUAAGAAUCGAAGUCGAUCGGAAAUUAAGUCUUGAGCUGACUUGAAGUUUGAAACGUUUCGAUUUUUGGAGCCUUUUUUUCUGAAUCAGUCCCGUCAUGGAGUACAAAGUGGAGGCGCACCGGAUCAUGAGCAUCUCUCUGGGGAAAAUUUACAAUUCCCGAGUCCAGCGCGGAGGCAUCAAGCUGCACAAAAACCUGCUCGUGUCUCUUGUCCUCCGAAGCGCCCGCCAGGUUUACCUGAGUGACUACUACAGCGGAGUUUGUCUCAAUUCCCAGCACGGAGAGACCAAAGAGUGGGAGAUCACGGAGGCCGUACAGGCGAAGGAAUCCCUCCAGACCCCCGCGGAGUGUGAGCGGCUCGAGCAGCCCGAGAGCGGCGGAAGUGCUGAGAGCAAGUCACAAGAAUGUCCUCUGGACUCUGACGUUAAUGUUGACGUUUCGCCGUCUUCGACAGAGUCUCCUGUAACGAGUGACCCUCAGUGUGAAUCUAAAACAACCCAAGUGGACUCUUUGGACCGUGAAACGGAUGGCGUUUCGGGAACGGAAGGGAAUUCAGAGAAGCCUCCGAAACCCAGCGCCUGUUCCAACAGGAAACGGAGUGCUGAGAAGUCACCAUCCAGCACCGACUCUCCUCUGAAACGGACUAAAAAAACCUCCUCGGAUCAGGAGGAAGGCGAGGAGAUGGACACAAGCAACGUGUCAAACCUCAUCACCAUUUUCGGGUCUAGUUUUUCCGGACUUUUGAGCAAAGACAGCGCGAAAGAGGACACUCAGGAGGACGCCGGUGACUCGGGCCAAAUCUGCUGCGACCAAAUGCUAAAGAAUCUCAACCCGUGGAGCACAGCCAUCGUUGCAUUUUAAGGUAGAAAAGUGUUUGAGACUUUAGAGAAGUGUUCACACGUGGUGGUUUGUGCCGUAUUUCUGCUCUGGGUUACUCUAAAACACGUGGUUACGGGACUUCCCCCACCACACGCGCGGUGCUAUCGAGUAGAAGCCCGGCAUGCGGAGUUUUCACCGUGGCCCAGUCUCACAUCAGCCUCGGUGUGGUGCACUAUAUGCUCAUUAUGCCAUACACUAUGUGGUGUACUCAUAAGGGGACUGAGGAGCCGUUUGGAACACGGCCCAUGUUGUAAAACCGAGGAAUGUUAACGUGUUGGUGCUACUACAGAGAGAUAUAGCGUCAAAGGAAAUGACGUCAUUGAACGGAACUAAACUUUUUUCAGCAUUUGUGAGCUCAGUUGAGUUUAACCAGCAAUCAGAGGAUCACGAUGGACGGUGAUUAUUAGUGUGAAGUGUUAUGUUCAUGACCUUUGUACAAAUGAAAAUGUUACACUGAUGUAAGAACUGCCUACAAACCAAGAGUCUGCAAGACUGAGGCCACUGGUUUCCCCCCUCCAGAUGUCUUUGUUUUAUAAAGACUUGUACAUUUGUAACAUUGUUCCUGUACAUAUUGUUUUCAAUGUUGCAUUAUGAAUCUAUGUAUUUUGGUAUUUACUAUUCUGACUAUUACGUGAUGGUCACGUAUUAAAAAAUGUGAAAUGA